UUUCGUCAGGACGUGUCCGUCGCUGACAUGUGGCUUGCGAUAGCUCGCCGUAGGCAGGGCGAGUCCGAGUCUGUCGUUGACUUCGUCACAGCGAUGGAACACAUGCUUUGGCGGGUCGGCAAGAAGCAGCGCAGCGCUCUCUCCGAGGCUGAGAUCGCGAGUACCAUUCAGGCACGGUUUCGGCCCCACAUCUCGAAGCAUCUGGCCGCCCAGAAGUUCUCAUCAGUCGAUGACCUUCUCACCAUCGCGCGGCGUUUCGAGGAGAGCCCUCGGGAGCUCGAGCGAUCUACGCUUUCCGCUGUCCCAUCAGUGUUGCACGUGGAGGCUGCCCCUCCGUCGCGGCGGGACAGCCCGCCUCGCAGGCGCCACAGCUCACCUCGGAGGGCCUCUAGUCCACCUCCAAGGGCCCCGAGUCCGCCUCGGAGGUCUACCAGCCUCCCCCAGAGGGCGGCCAGCUUCGGCCCGCCGCCUCCGUGGGCGUUCGAUCAUCGACCUCCACCGGGCUUCGAUCCUCUGCCCCAGUACACGGACGUGCCAGGAUACUAUCUCCUCGGCCCUCCGCCCUGGUGCCCUCCGUGGCCUGCUACGUGGUGCUCCCCAUGGUCCGCUCCGUGGUGCCCGCCCUGGACAGCUGCGCCGUACCCUUCCUGGACUGCUCCGUGGUGCCCGUCAUCGCCUGCCCCGCCGUGCCCUCCAUGGCCUGCUCCGUGGUGCCCGCCCUCGACAGCUGCGCCGUACCCUCCCUGGACUGGUCCGUGGUGCCCGUCAUCGCCUGCCCCGCCGUGCCCUCCAUGGCCUGCUCCGUGGUGCCCGCCCUGGACAGCUGCACCGUACCCUCCCUGGCCUGCUCCGUGGUGCCCGCCCUGGAUAGCUGCGCCGUACCCUCCCUGGACUGCUCCGUGGUGCCCUUCGUCACCUGCCCCGCCGUGCCCUCCCGGCCAGGCUGAGCAACAUCGACGCCCUGCGGUGCAUUCGCGCCCUCCGCGAGCGCCCUCGGGGUCACCAGGCCGCGGCCGCCGGGCAUCAUCCGGCCUUUCGCCUGUUUCGUCAGCGAGCGGUGCGCUGCUGGCACACAAGCCGGCUCUGCCUUUGCGCUGGUUCGUCAAGAAUCACCGGCGCGCCCGCCGCGGUGCCGCGUCAGCUGACCUGCGCGACUGGCGGCUCCCCGGGCCGUGCAUAGUCGCUGCUGACGCUGCUGAAGCUGCUACUGAAGCUGGCGUGGGCUCGUGCGUGGCUGGGCCGACGCCCCCCGAUCGGCCCUACCGCCAGGUGGCUGCGGUUGACGUUUGUGUUGGCGCCCCCGCCUCUCAGGUCUCGGCUCUGCUGGACACCGACUGCGCGAUGUGUCUCGCCUCGCCUGAGCUUGUACGCCAGGUUUUGCCGAAGGGCGGCCUUCUCCCCGCUCCUCAUGGCCUCCGCACAAGCCAGGGACGUAACUUGCACGUUCUUGGUUGUGCCGAUGUUCCAGUCGUCGUCGGUGCCCUCAGCCUUCCUGUUCGGGUCUUUGUGGUGCGUGGCUUGCGGACGCCCCUCAUCCUCGGCCGGUCCUUCAUCGCACGGCAUGGUGUCCGUUUCGACCACCGGGCCCAAUCGGUGAGCCUCGGCCCGAAGUCGCUCCGGGUCUCGUGCGCUGUAGCUCGCGCGCACAAGUACCAUCGCGGGACGGGGUCGGUCUCGCCAUCCUUUGCCGCCCGUCCUGUCCUGCGCCCCGCUACCGCGGUCCAUCCUGCUGCCGGCGUCUCCACUCCUGCAGCGCCCGGCCCCUCGGCGAGCCUCGACCUCGGCGGGCAUGUUCUCCAGCCAGCUGGCGCUGAGCCCCCGUCCGAGGAGAAGCUGCGACUCUUGCAGCUUGUGCGGGAAGCCCAGGCUGACCUCCUGCAGGCGCGGGUGGCCACCCUCUCGCGUCAAGGAAGUCCCGACGAUCAUGGCUGCCGUGGACAACGAUGUCCUGAGGUCAACUCCGCGUUCGGGCCGGCCAAAGCGGCGCCUCUGGUGCCGUCAGGAUUUUUGCACGGACAGGGCGUCAUACCGGCCGCCUCUGUUUCUGGUGCCACCGAAGUUCCUCCUGCUGCAACUGCUGCCUCUGGUGCCGCAGUGUCUCCGUCUGAAUGGCCACACGAGUAUCUACAACUCCUGCAGGGCUUCGAUACGGUGCAGUCUGCUACCGCCACACCGGCGCUGGUUGGCACCGUCCUUCCCAGUUCUUCCUAGCCUUGCUGUGUUGGGCCUUGGCUGUGCGCACCUUCAGCGGCGAGCCCAGCAGCGCACCAGCGUCCUAUACAUCUAUCUGUCUUCUUGCCUCUUAAGUCUUGUCGCACAGCGAACGUCUCUGCCCGCAUUUUGUCAAGGGGCCGGUGGAUUGAGUAACCGGUGCCCUCCGCGUUCUAUUCCCCGCGUUUUGUACGUCACCUUUGUCUGUGCGACGUCCCUCUUGUCUUGCCUCCUGUCUUGCUUUUCCAGCCCGUCCAUCGGGGCUCGGCUCGGUUUUGGUUCUGUGGGGCUUGUCCUUCCUUGUGGACUUCCCCACGUUCCCUUCCUGUUCCCUCCGCUGUCUGGGUUGCCUCUGUUCCAGGACGUCUGCCACGAAGCUCCCUCGGUGCUCCUGCCUGCGGUCACCGGCUGCGUGGUCCACCCGCGCCUACGCGGUGCCGCCCGACCAGAGGCGAUCUGCGCCGCUGCGACCUGCGCGCGCUGCUGUGACCUGCACUGCAGUGCUGCCCUGCCAAUGCCGCACGCUCGGUCCCUGUCUGACUGGCGUCAGACGUAGGUGUUCCACGGCCUGUGCUGCCCAUUGCCUGGCGGGCCACCAGGUCUUGCUGCGGAGCCUAAGGGGUUGCCUAUGCUCUGGGCGUGUCUGCGGUCCGCGCUGACUAGCUUCGUAGACGGACCGAAGCGCCCGCUCGAACCCCUUCAGUCAGCGCUUUCGGGCGCGCGCCACUGCCGGUGCUACCCCGACGCCACCUGCUGACGCUUCGGUGUUCGAGAGGUUGCAUACCUCCCGGGCGCGUCAGUUGGUCUGGCCGGCCUCCGGCAACCGUGUUGCGCCUGUCGCUGCGUUCUGCGCAGUCUUCGCUGCGACCUGCGCAGCCCUCCGCUGCGUCCUGAGCAGCCCUCCGCUGCGCCCUGCGCGGCCUCCGCUGCGUUCUGCGCAGUCUUCGCUGCGCCCUGCGCGGCCCU